GCUCAGAGCGCAGGCUGCGCGGAGCCGCGCUGGGCUGGGCCGGCCCCGCGCCCGCGCCCGCGCCGCCCUGGGAGCCACGGCCCCGCGGGCCGCCCGCACAGCUUCGAGCCGUCCAUGGUGCAGCGCAUGUGGGCCGAGGCGGCCGGGCCUGCGGGCGGCGCCGAGCCUCUGUUUGUGGGCUCCCGGCGGAGCCGCAGCGUAUGGGACGCCGUGCGCCUGGAGGUGGGCAGCCCCGACAGCUGCCCGGUGGUGCUGCACAGCUUCACACAGUUUGAUCCAGACCUGCAGCGCCUGGAGAGCUCCACACAGGAGAUCAGCGAGGAGUUGGUCAACGGGGUGAUCUACUCCAUCUCUCUGCGGAAGGUGCAGGUGCACCAUGGCGCCAACAAAGGCCAACGCUGGCUUGGGUGUGAGAACGAGUCUGGCCUGAGCCUGUAUGAGACCUGCAAGGUGCGCACCGUGAAGGCGGGCACCCUGGAGAAGCUGGUGGAGCACCUGGUGCCCGCCUUCCAGGGCAGUGACCUCUCCUAUGUCACCAUCUUCCUGUGCACCUACCGGACCUUCACCACCACUCAACAAGUCCUGGACCUCCUGUUCAAGAGGUAUGGUAGAUGUGACGCCCUCACGGCCUCCUCUAGAUACGGAUGCAUCCUGCCUUACUCCAGCGAGGAUGGUGGCCCUCAGGACCAACUGAAGAAUGCCAUCUCUUCCAUCCUGGGCACCUGGCUGGACCAGUACUCGGAGGACUUCUGUCAGCCCCCAGACUUUCCCUGCCUCAAGCAGCUGGUGGCCUAUGUGCAGCUCAACAUGCCCGGCUCUGACCUGGAGCGCCGUGCCCACCUUCUCCUGGCCCAGUUGGAACACGCAGAGCUUACUGAAGCAGAGCCUGAGGUUUUAAAACCAGCUCCAGAAGCAGAGCCAGUUCCAGAACCAGCUCUAGUGCCCUGUUCAACAGAAGAUCCUGAACUAGAGCCAGCAUCCAUUCCAGAGCCAGAGCCAACUCUACCACCAGCUGUAACACCUAACACAGCUCCAGAGCUAGAGUCAGCUCUGGCGUCAAUUCUAACACCCAUUUUGACCCUGGAGCCUGAGUCAAUUCUACCACCAGCUCCAGAACUAGAAUCGACUCUGGUGUCAGCUCUGGAGCUAGACUCAACACCAGCUCCAAUAUCAGCUUCAGAGCUAGAGCCAGCUCUAUCACAAACUCUAGAGCUAGAGCCAACUCCUACCCCAGAGCCUCCCUGGCCUUCACCUGUGACUGCAGAGAAUGGACUGACCGAAGAGAAGCUGCACCUCUUGUCAUUCCCUCCAGACCUGGUAGCAGAGCAGUUCACCCUGAUGGAUGCGGAGCUGUUCAAGAAGGUGGUACCCUACCACUGUUUGGGCUCCAUUUGGUCCCAGCGUGACAAGAAAGGCAAAGAGCACCUGGCACCCACUGUCCGUGCUACUGUCACCCAGUUCAACAGUGUGGCCAACUGUGUCAUCACCACCUGCCUGGGAGACCGCAGUGUGACGGCCCGGGACAGGGCCAGAGUGGUAGAACACUGGAUCGAGGUGGCCAGGGAGUGCCGAGUUCUGAAAAACUUCUCGUCCCUCUAUGCCAUCCUCUCAGCUCUGCAGAGCAACUCCAUCCACCGCCUGAAGAAGACCUGGGAAGAGGUCUCCAGGGACAGUUUUCGGAUCUUUCAGAAGCUGUCAGAGAUUUUCUCGGAUGAGAACAAUUACUCCCUGAGCAGAGAGCUGCUCAUCAAGGAAGGCACAUCCAAAUUUGCCACCCUGGAGAUGAAUCCCAAGAGAGCCCAAAAGCGGCCAAAGGAAACGGGUGUCAUCCAGGGCACCAUCCCCUACCUGGGCACAUUUCUCACAGACCUGGUGAUGCUGGACACAGCAAUGAAGGACUAUCUGUAUGGAAGACUGAUCAACUUUGAGAAGAGGAGGAAGGAAUUUGAGGUGAUCGCCCAGAUCAAGCUGUUGCAAUCCGCCUGCAAUAACUAUAGCAUUGCACCUGAGGAGCAUUUUGUGGCCUGGUUCCGCGCCAUGGAACGACUCAGUGAGACUAAGAGCUACAACCUGUCUUGUGAGCUGGAGCCCCCCUCAGAGUCAGCCAGCAACACCCUCAAGGUGAAGAAGAACACGGCCAUUGUCAAGCGCUGGAGCGACCGCCAGGCCCCCAGCACAGAGCUCAGUACCAGUGGCAGCUCCCACUCCAAGUCCUGUGACCAGCUCAGGUGUGGCCCCUACCUCAGCAGCGGGGACAUCGCUGAUGCGCUCAGCGUGCACUCUGCUGGCUCCUCCAGCUCAGACGUGGAGGAGAUCAACAUGAGCUUUGUCCCCGAGUCCCCAGAUGCCCAGGAGAAGAAGUUCUGGGAGUCAACCUCCCAGUCAUCCCCGGAGACCUCCGGCAUCAGCUCAGCCUCCAGCAGCACCUCCUCCUCUUCAGCUUCCACCACCCCCGUGGCCUCCACACGUACCCAUAAGCGCUCCGUCUCUGGGGUCUGCAACUACAGCUCCUCACUGCCGCUCUACAACCAGCAGGUCGGUGACUGCUGCAUCAUUCGCGUCAGCCUGGAUGUGGACAAUGGCAACAUGUACAAGAGCAUCCUGGUCACCAGCCAAGAUAAAGCUCCGACUGUCAUCCGCAAGGCCAUGGACAAACACAAUCUGGAUGAGGAUGAGCCUGAAGACUAUGAGCUCGUGCAGAUCAUUUCAGAAGAUAGAAAACUGAAGAUCCCUGAUAAUGCCAACGUGUUCUAUGCCAUGAACUCUGCAGCCAACUAUGACUUUGUCCUGAGGAAGAGGACAGCCUUCACCAAAGGGGCAAAGGUCAGGCACGGAGCCAGCUCAACUCUCCCUCGCAUGAAGCAGAAGGGCCUUAAGAUUGCUAAGGGCAUCUUCUAGUUGGUUCCUCAUGCUCGCCAGCCACAGAGACACCUCUUCCAAGGUCUGACUGGCUGGGGAGCUAAGCACUUACAGACUCCAGUGGCCUGGGCCAGGUGGGCUCCUGCCGCCCAGCCUGCCAGCCCAGACCACUCCCAGGACCAGUUUCACCCUGAAACUCUCACUGCCGGGCUUGACGCCUACUUCUGCAGGCUGACCUGGCCUCCCGUGGACCACUCGCUGCCUUAGGUGCCUUCUGCUCUCUGGAACCAGAGGACUAGCUGACAUUUGCCAAGGAGCGCUGCCAAGGGGCACAGAGCCCUGCCUGCCACUGGGCACUGCCCUAUAUACACUGUCCUCACACCUCUCCAGGUGGGGGGGGUCACUGCCACCUGUGCCCACAGGUACCCCAGAGCACCCACUCAUCCAUCGAGUCUGACCACUUCAGUUCUCUCCUCAUGUGCCCUGCACAGGGGUGCUGACCUCUCCUCCCACCACUCUGGCCUUUCUCGGGCUGCACCAAAGAUUCCAUCAUCAGGGCCAACCAACCGAGAGUAAGGGAGCUUUGCCUCCCCUCACCCAGCCCUCCCAGGAGAGGAGAGACAGACCCUCUUUGUAGACCAUCCUCUUCACCUGGUGAGUGAGGGUGGUCUCAGCUGGGUCCCACUGAUGUCGAAUCCUAUGCCACUUCAAGUGCCAUUUCACCAAUGCAUCCUGGGCUUGACGAGAUCACACGGGACGGAGUUUAGUGGGAAAGGAGGGUGUGGGGGAAGGGUGUGGAACUGAAAAUUUGUAUAAAAGGCAAAAAAAAUGUUUACCAGUUGGGGAGGGGCAAUAUUUAUUUCUUGUAAAUAGAAAAUGUUAGACUUGAAUAUUAUAUUAAAAAAAAUCCCAUUUCUACGCUA